GCGCCGGCCGCUUCCCAGCUAGGCUGAAAGGGCUCGGGUAGCCGGCCUUGUCGGCCCUUAAAGCGCCCCCUGGAUGGCCUGGCCCCAACUGCCCUCGCCGAGCAACGCAAAGGGGGCUGCUUCUGGCUCUCGUCGGCCUCCCAGGUUGGCUUUCCUUCUUUUCCCGAAGGUGGGCCCUUAGGUUUACCGCCCGGAGCCUGCGGCCGCCGGGAAACCCAAACCCGAAUGUCCGGAGAGUAACCGGAAGUGCCGUCCCAGGCGGAGGGGCGGCGCCGGCUGCUGCCGUGAGCUGUUGGGAAGGAACUGAUGGCUACCAGUGGCAGGUGCUUCUCGCAGGAGAAAACAGAAUGUAAGGAAAGGUGGGAAGAGGAGAGGGAAGAAUUGAGUGUUGUGAAUAGUUAUGGACUAGAGACCUUUUGGAGCCAAAAGGAAGAUAGUCUUGAGUCUUUGUUGUUAUGGGUUGGAAAUACCAAGUAAAGAAUUAGUAUAUAUGAUGCUGGAAACUUGCAGAGAGGAGCUGCUCAUGACUGAAAGGCCUAAAACAGAUGUAUCUUUCAAGUUCUCAUCGAGAAAAUGACUGUGAAGAAAAUGAUGGGUCAGGAAGACCAGUGGAAAACUCCCUAGGAGAGAGCCAUAGAAAAUGUACACUUCAGAAGAGAGGUAUAAUCAGAGAACUCAAAAAAGGAAAAUAUAUCAUGUAUGCCCUCAGAAGGGUAAAAAGAUUUUUAUUCAUGUGCAUGAGAUUGCUCAAAUAGAUGAUCAGAUAUACCAGUGCCUUGAACGUGAGCAAAACUUCUGUGAAAACUUAGCUCUUAUUAUGUGUGAGAGAACCCAUACUGGGGAGAAACCUUAUAGAUGUGAUAUGUGUGAGAAAACCUUCAUCCAAAGCUCAGAUCUUAUUUCACACCAGAGGAUCCACAAUUAUGAGAAACCUUAUAAAUGUAGCAAAUGUGAGAAGAGCUUUUGGCACCACUUAGCCCUUUCAGGACACCAGAGAACACAUGCAGGUAAAAAAUUCUAUACAUGUGAUAUUUGUGGCAAGAAUUUUGGUCAGAGCUCUGAUCUGCUUGUCCACCAGCGAAGCCAUACAGGCGAGAAACCGUAUCUAUGUAGUGAGUGUGACAAAUGCUUCAGCCGAAGUACAAACCUCAUAAGACACCGAAGAACUCACACAGGUGAGAAACCAUUUAAGUGUCUGGAGUGUGAAAAAGCUUUUAGUGGGAAAUCAGAUCUUAUUAGCCACCAGAGAACUCAUACUGGUGAAAGGCCCUACAAAUGUAAUAAGUGUGAGAAAAGUUACCGACACCGUUCAGCCUUCAUUGUUCAUAAAAGAGUUCAUACUGGGGAGAAGCCCUAUAAGUGUGGUGCCUGUGAGAAAUGCUUUGGCCAGAAAUCAGACCUUAUUGUACACCAGAGAGUCCACACAGGUGAGAAGCCGUAUAAAUGCUUAGAAUGUAUGCGAAGUUUUACUCGGAGCGCCAACCUAAUCAGGCACCAGGCAACUCACACUCACACUUUUAAAUGCCUGGAAUAUGAGAAAAGUUUCAGCUGUAGUUCAGACCUUAUUGUGCAUCAAAGAAUUCACUUGGAAGAGAAACCACAUCAGUGGUCUGCACGUGAGAGUGGCUUCCUCCUGGGCAUGGACUUUGUUGCCCAACAGAAAAUGAGAACUCAGACAGAGGAGCUGCAUUAUAAAUAUGGUGUCUGUGAUAAAAGCUUUCACCAGAGCUCAGCCCUUCUUCAACAUCAGACAGUCCACAUCGGUGAAAAACCGUAUAUCUGUGAUGUGGGUGAAAAAGGUCUUGAGCUCAGCCCUCCCCAUGCAUCAGAAGCCUCACAAAUGUCUUGACCAGACAAGAAGUUAUAAUGCCAUAAAAAAUGUAUUUACAAUGUAAGAGAACUCCUUAAGAUGAACUCUAAGCAAAUCUCAGACUUUCCUCAGAGCUCAGAUUUCACUGGGGACCAGAGAAUCUGCAGUUGUAGGAAGUUGAGAAAUGGUUUGCCCAGAGAGCUGUCCUUACAGAACCUUAUCAACCACUCCAAUGAGAAACCUUACAAAUGCUCUGAGUUUGGGAAAACCUUUAGUCCAAGCUUGUAUCUGAUCACCCACAAGAGGAUUCAUACAGGUGGGAAACCUUACAAAUUUGGUGAAUGUGAGAAAGCUUUCUAGCAAUGGUCACCUCUUCUCAUUCCAAGAGAAUUCACAUUGGUGGACAGCAUUUUUAAUACCCUGUGUCAACAGUGCUUCAGAGAGUGUGCACAUUUCAUUGGACGUCAGAACACCCCACUGGGGAGAGACCCCCACAAGUGUGAAGAAAGCUUCUAACAGAACUGUGACUUUCUUACCUAUCAGAGAAGCCAUACAGGUGAAAAUUUCUAUAUUUAUCUUGAAGGUGGCAAAAGCAUUAGGUGGAGAGCCUUCUUGGGUUUGCACCCCCCCAAAAAAAAAAAAAAAAAAAUCUGAGGAAAGACCUUAUGAAUUCUCUGAAUGAGAAAAGCUUCUGUCAGUGAUUGGUUUUUGUGGUAUACUGGGGAACUCACAUAAGUGAAAAACCCUAUAAAUAACCUUGAGUCUAAAAAAAAGCCUUGCAGGAAAUCCCUACCUUAUUGCGCCCCAAAGAACCUACUCUGCAGAUAAUUUUGUUCUAGUAAGAGAUCUAACUGUGGACUCUGUACAUUUAAUAGGUAUGAGAAGAACUGUUCUCAUAGUUAGUUGACCCAUAUAGUAGAGAUGACUUUUAAUGAGUCAAUAUGUAAACUGUUUUUUUUUAGAUACCCAGAAACUUUUUCUGGGAGGAGCUAGGGCAGGUCAGAGUAGGCCUGAUGGGAAACUCAGGUAAAGAUGCUUUUCUUUUAUCUGAACCACUUAAUGAUUGCUUUACUUACAGUUUUUAAAAUUUGGAACUCCAAUAAAGAAAAGGACUGUAACCUUGAGAUAGAAGGUGUGGCAUGUGUUACUGUUGGGGGAAAGAAGUACAUUUACUUUGCCUCUGUCGAUUUUGUAAGUCUUGGCUGGAAUGGGGGCUAGUGUGUUGAUAGCAGCAUGGGAACCUUUUGCUGGUUGUGAAAAGAACUAAGCGGCUAGGGAGUAGUUAUCGUAGAUCAAAACUCUUCCCAAGGCUUCCCCUUUGGAGGGCCAACCUCAUAACGAGAUAGAAUACUCAGCUUUUUACUUGUGAGUUGAGGCAUACCCUCACAAGUUUCCUUUCCCUAAAAUCUUUCAGAUUAUUACUGGUAUUUGCAGUUUCAGCUUUAGAGAUUCAUUUCUUCUCAACUCAGAGAUGCAUGUUCCAGGAUAAUAGUUAUGAUUUUUGCUAGUACCCAUACUUUUGUGACUUCAUUUAUCAUGUUUCUUUCAAUGGUAAGA